GUGUCCUGUCUCCCCAGGAUGGACGACAUCCAGCUCUGCAACGACAUUAUGGACCUUAAGCAGGAGCUACAGAACUUGGUCGCCAUCCCAGAAAAAGAAAAGACCAAGCCGCAGAAGCAGAGAGAAGAUGAGCUAAUACAGAAGAUCCACAAGCUGGUGCAGAAGAGAGACUUUCUGGUGGAUGAUGCAGAGGUCGAGCGGCUAAGGGAGCAAGAAGAAGACAAGGAAAUGGCGGAUUUCCUGAGAAUCAAGUUAAAACCUCUAGAUAAAGUAACCAAAUCUCCAGCCAGCUCCCGAGCAGAGAAGAAAGCAGAGCCCCCACCUAGCAAGCCCACAGUGGCCAAGACUGGGCUGGCACUCAUCAAGGAUUGCUGCGGGGCCACCCAGUGCAAUAUCAUGUAGCCUCCCACGUGGGGUGCCCCCAGGGCCACGGGGACCCCCCCCCACCCUCUUGUCUUCAUAGCCCCCAUUUCACCGGGGCCCAAGAGCUCUCCAAGGCGGAAGGGGUUGAAGGCUAGCCUGUGACUGCCGCCAGGGGCCGUGGGCGUGGCGGGCGGGCCCGGCCGCCCUGUACAGAGUGUAGCAAUAGGGAGUCCCUCACUGUCGCAUGGCCCCCCCCAGAGCAUGCCAAACCCAGGAGUCUGUCUCACUGUUUAUCCAACCACCAGGAAAGGUCCUCCCUUGAAAACGUUUAUCUCCACUUCUAGCUAUCUAUCUUUAUCUAACCCACUGUGCGAAUGAACUGGGAGAGGGGCAUGAUCCCCAGGUGUGUAUAGUCGUGACUUUUCAACAAUCUAGCACCAUGUUGGACACAUCCCCCACCCACCCUUCUAGCUCUGCUAUCAGGCCUGCCCCAGAUGGGCACAGCUCCUGUCCCCCGUCUGUCCUCUCCCAGGGGCUGUGCUCUGGAGGGCUCCACACAGCCCAUGCAUCUUGGAGACACGAGGGCCCAUCUGUAAAGACUGAGCUUACGUGUGGUGUUGUGGUUACGUCUCCUGCUUCCUCCCCUCCUGUGUCUGGGCACAGUUCACAUCAGAAGUGUGUCCAUUCGCUCUUGGCUCUUCCUUCCCUUGCAAUGUCUGCCCCAGGUGUGUGGAGCACAGCGGGGAUGAGGGCCUGGGCUGGGGCACAACCAGUGCUCAGAAGAGGUAGCGGAGAGCUGGAGGCUCCAACACCAGGCAUGGGCAGAUGAGAAGGGGACCCAGAGCAGAUGCUGGUUCAGGCGCUCUCCACCCACUGUGGUCCACUGGAGGGAGUGCCAGCAGGACACCACUCACCAGCUUAACACACAGACCUCCGGAAACAGCAGUGGCGGGCGGGAGAGGUGGCCUGACCCAACCGUGUCCCAUCGUUUGGUGGUGUAUUUUAAUCAGCCUAAUAAUUCCACCUGUGUAACUUGAUGUACAUUUGCUACAGCCAGCUCGGCACAGCCCGUGUGACCUCUCUGUACAUGUGUGUGUCGUGACCGGCCUAACGUAGUUCGUGUAACUCAAGAUUCGCUGAUGUGCAAUCAUCCAUCAGAGAAAAUAAAAAUGGAAACCAUGUA